CGGACAGCACUCGGUUCCCAACACUAAGGGGAUUGGGCGGGGGAGACAAGCCUCUCCCAUCGGGACGACUCCUUCCUCAUCGAAUUGUUACCGCAAAGAAUGACAUGCGGGGUAUUUGUUUCUGUGGUAUGAUAAGCGGAUUGAUUUGGCGUGAUACUGACGAUGUGGGGUGGGCCACCGCGAAUGUAACCUCUGGUGAAACAUGGACCCAUCCUAUGCGUGGAAGAAUGGCAGCCGAUUGCUGAAGGCGAACGAUCUCCGAUUCUUCUUCAGCUUAGCAGAUUAUAACCAGUGAGACCGUCAUUGGCCCUGGAGCUGCCAUCGGGGACGAUCUUAAUCCAUUGUGAUAGAGAAAGGGGCUAUCUUAUCAGUUGCGAAUGAUGUCACCCCGCACGAGGGGUUCCUGAUCAUGUUCGUUUAAAACCCCACACCAUCCGGUCAAGAGUCGCCGGGAAACAACCUAGAACCGUUUAUCCCAAACUGAUCGAACAAGAUGACGAACCCGGACGUACUCCCACUCCUGCAAUCCCUCAUCGAGGUCCCCAGCAACAGCGAGCACGAGGAAGCGGUCGCCCGCUUCUUGGACGAUCAUCUCACGCGCCUCGGCUACACCGUCGAGCGCAUUCCCAUCGCCCCGGACUCGCCCCGCGAGAAUGUCUACGCCUAUCUCGGGCCGACGAGACGCGUCCGGGUCUGUCUGACCUCGCACAUGGACACCGUGCCGCCGCACAUCCCCCUGCGCAUGGACGGCGACACCGUCUACGGCCGCGGCGCCUGCGACGACAAGGGGCCCAUGGCGGCGCAGAUCUGCGCAGUAGAGGAGCUGCGCGCCGAGGGACGGGUCCAGGAGGGCGAUAUCGGCUUGCUGUUUGUCGUCGGCGAGGAGAAGGGCGGUCCGGGCAUGAUUGCAGCCAACGACGAGCGGCAUGAUCUGCGGUUCGAGAGCGUCAUCUUUGGCGAGCCGACCGAGGGGAAAUUGGUGGUGGGACAUAAAGGACACCUGGUGUUUGAGCUGAUCGGGGAGGGGAAGGCCUGUCACUCCGGUUACCCCCACCACGGCAUCAACGCCAACGUGGCCCUGGUCGAGGCCCUCAAUGAUUUCGUCGCCACCAAAUUCCCGGACUCUCCGCUUCUCGGCCCAUCCACCUUCAACAUCGGCAAGCUCGAGGGCGGGGUCAGCUACAAUAUCGUCCCCGCCGCCAGCAAGGCGCUCUGUGCCGUGCGCGUCGCGACGGAUAUGGCCGCGAUCAAGCAGCUCGUCGCGGAAGUCGCGGCUCGCCAUCCCCAUGUGCGCCUGGAGUUCAAGUUCGAGUAUCCCGAGACAUUGCUGGAUCAUGAAGUGGAAGGGUUUGACAGCGCACCGGUAUCAUACGGCACGGAUGUUCCACGCUUCAAGGGAGACCACAAGAAGUAUCUCUACGGGCCUGGGUCGAUUCUGGUCGCACACGGCGAGAAGGAACAGAUCACGGUGCAGGAGCUGCAAGAGGGGCUGACGGCCUAUAAGAAGCUGGCGGUGCAUGCGCUGGGUGACAAACAGUAGGGGGUUUAGUCGGUAGUUGGUGCGUCGCCGAAUAUAGACGGUCUGAACUAGCUACAUGGGGAAGGUCUCAAAACUUCUACAGAUGGCUUCUAGUCCCAGCAAGAUCUACAGGGAACAGGCCUCUCAGGGUACCUGGCGCACUUGAUCCCGUUCAUCCGUCUGAGCUACCAUCUGUCGAACCGACAUGUCGGUCAGCAAACUUAGAACCAGCUAGACAGGCUAAUAAAAU